AUGAAGAAACUCCUUCUCCCUCCUCUGCCUCUUUACCUCCUUCCCCUGUUUCUGCAAAUUGCCACCCUACUCUGUGCACCUAUCUACACUCCGGUCGAAGACAUCACUAUCAACUGCGGCUCUUCCGAAACCUUAUCCAACAUAUAUGACAAGCGAGAUUGGGCUGGAGAUAUCAAAUCAAAAUUUUCCCCCUCUGAAUUACACCAAGCUAACACCAACACCUCCUCCGAAGUCAGAAAAGCUCCUCCCUCCUCCUCUGUUAGCCAAGUGCCCUACACCACAGCUAGGCUUUCUCGCUUCGAAUUUUCUUACAAAGUUCCCCUCUCCAUCGGGCAGAAGUUUAUUCGCUUCUACUUCUACCCAGUUUCAUAUGACCCCGGCUUCGACCGGUCCAAAGCCCUCUUCUCUGUCAAAGCAGGUGGCUUUACCCUUCUCCAUGAUUUCAAUGCUUCUGUAACUGCUGAUGCUAGUGAUACUGAGACGCUAAUAAGAGAGUUCUGUUUGAAUAUUGAUGAAGGACAGAGCUUGACCAUCACGUUCACUCCGAGCAGAGCAAUCCCAGAUGCUUAUGCCUUCGUCAAUGGGAUUGAGAUUGUGUCCAUGCCCACCAAUCUUUACUACACUGCAUCCGAUAGCCAUGGAGUUGAUUAUGUAGGCAACGAAGUCAAUUAUCGCAUCGAAAACAUCACGGCGAUGGAGAUGGUGUACCGAAUAAACGUCGGUGGAAGUGCACUCUCUUUCGACCAAGACACUGGGAUGUACCGCACUUGGGACAGUUUAGUAGACGAGCAAAAGUAUUUGGAUGAUUUGAGUUCCAGGUGGACUGUUCUUCCACAAAACGUUAGCCUUCAACUCAACUUUACGAAAAUACCAGAGUACUCUGCUCCACAAGUAGUUUACCAAACGGGUCGGUCCAUGGGCAGCAACCGCACCCAAAACAAGAGCUACAAACUGACCUGGGAAUUUCCCGUAGAUCCCAAGUUUCUUUACCUGUUAAGGCUACAUUUCUGUGAGUUUGAGCCUGAAAUUAUGGACAAGGGGGACCGAUCGUUUCUAAUCUAUGUGGAUAACCAACUUGCUGAGCCACAAGCCGACAUAAUCAUGUGGAGUGGUGGAAAUGGGAGACCAAUCUACAGGGACUACAUCGUGUUCAUGCCUGCAGGCCCUGAUCAAAAGAAAGUUAAGCUCUAUCUUGCACUGCAAGCAAACCCAAGAGAUUGGAUGACUGCAUACAAUGCUGCACUCUUGAACGGCCUUGAACUCUUCAAACUCAGUGAUACAAAUGGAAAUCUUGCCGGACCAAACCCCGACCCACCUCCAUACAUUCCGGUCGAUGCUAUCACCGUUCAAUGUGGCUAUUCCGGCCAGCUGGUCAAUCAGGAUGACGGCCGAAAUUGGACUGGAGACAUAAAUUCAGAAUUUUUACCCGUUGAAGUACACCAAGCUGCAAGUUACACAUCCCUCGUAAGAGACGCACCUCCGUCGUCCUCCUUUGCCAGCGGAGCUGUGCCGUACAACAGAUCACGGCUGUCUCGCUCUGAAUUUACAUACACAUUUCCACUCACCACCGGCCAAAAGUUCAUUCGUCUGUAUUUCAACCCUGUUUCAUACGGUGUUGACUUCGACCGCUCCAAUGCAGUCUUCUCCGUCAAAGCUGGUGGCUUUACCCUUCUCCACAACUUCAACACUUCUUUCAUUGCCGAUGCUUCUGGGAUGGAGACAAUAUACAGAGAAUUCUGUGUAAGCAUUGAGGAGGGAGAAGAGAGUUUGAACAUCACAUUCAUUCCAAGCCGGGCAAGCCCAGAUGCGCAUGCCUUUAUCAACGGCAUUGAAAUUGUAUCCAUGCCCAGCAAUCUUUACUACACUCCAGCGCACAGCGAUGGGAUUGCCUUUGUUGGCAACCAAAUCAACGUCCGCAUUGAAAACACGACUGUUCUAAAGAUGCUCUACCGAUUGAAUGUCGGGGGAGCCUUACUACUUCCCAAGAAAGAUACUGGCAUGUACCGCAAAUGGGAUAGUUAUGAUGAGGAGAAAAGUUACUUGAGCACUUCAAGUUUAAGUUUGAGCCACGUUCUGCAACAAAAUACUAGUAUAGAACUCAACUUUAACACAAUUGCAAAGUACACUGCGCCAAAAGAAGUUUACCAAACCGGUCGGUCAAUGGGUGAGGACGCCAACAUAAACAAGAGCUUUAAUCUCAUCUGGCAAUUUCCUGUAGAUUCCGAGUUUUCAUACCUGGUUAGGCUUCAUUUUUGUGAGUUUCAGCCUGAAAUCACCAAGGUUAGAGACCGAAUUUUUACCAUCCAAAUAGCCAAUCUAACCGCAGAACAAGGAGCCGACGUAAUUGACUGGAGUGGUGGAAAGGAGAGACCAGUGUACAGAGACUAUUUGGUAUCCAUGUCUACCGCCGCUGGUGGAACCCCGAGCAAAGUUAACCUCUCUCUCGCAUUGCAAGCAAAUCCAAAUGCUGGAAUCUUGAAUGGGCUCGAAAUCUUCAAGCUAAGUGACUCAAAUGGCAAUCUUGCUGGACCCACCGAUUUGACGCCGUCAAGUUCAGUAAAACACAACACCAAGUCCAAUCGUAUACUCGCCAUUGCUGCCGGUGUAGCUUCCGGCCUACUUGUGCUCUCUGUCCUUUUUGGAUUCCUGAUUUUCAGGCGACGACUGAAAGCCAAGUCCUUUGUCUCCAUCCACGGGCCGACCAAGUCAAUAGAGACUCUCGGGUCAUCUUUACCCCCUUAUUUAUGUCGUUACUUUCCACUGGUUGAGAUCAAAGCCGCCACACAAAACUUCAAUGAUAGUUUCAUCAUUGGAGUUGGCGGGUUUGGGAACGUGUACAAAGGCUAUAUCGACGAUGGUGGGGCUACACCUGUAGCUAUCAAACGGCUAAAACCCGAGUCAUCACAGGGUGCCCAUGAGUUCAAGACGGAAAUCGAGCUGCUCUCCCAGCUCCGCCACCGCCAUUUAGUGUCUCUCAUUGGAUAUUGUACAGACGACAAUGAGAUGAUCUUGGUGUACGAUUACAUGGCAAGUGGGACCCUCGCCGACCGUCUGUACCACAAUGGUAACCCGCCUCUUUCUUGGGAGCAACGACUUCAAAUUUGUAUUGGCGCGGCACGAGGGUUGAGCUACCUUCAUACCGGGGCCAAGGGCACCAUCAUCCACCGCGACGUGAAGAGCACGAACAUUUUAUUGGAUGAGAAGUGGGUGGCCAAAGUAUCGGACUUUGGAUUGUCAAAAAUGGGCACCACCGACACGUCCAAGACUCACAUUAGUACAAUGGUGAAAGGUAGUUUCGGAUAUUUGGACCCGGAAUACUACCGACGUCAACGGCUAACUGAGAAGUCGGACGUGUAUUCGUUUGGUGUAGUAUUGUGUGAGGUACUAUGUGCAAGGCCGGCUGUGAUGCAUACGGUGGAGCUGAGACAAAUGAACUUGGCUGAGUGGGUCAGGAGCUGUCAUCGCGACGGGGAACUUGAUCAAAUUAUUGAUCCAAGCAUAAGGGGUAAGAUUGAAAUUCAGUGUCUGAAUCAGUUUGUUGAGAUUGCAAUGAGUUGCAUGAAUGAUAAUGGGAUCGACCGGCCGUCAAUGAAUGAUGUUGUGAGGGCGCUUGAGCUUGCAUUGCAGCUCCACCGCAACUGCAUUGAAAGGAACAAUGAGGUUGCCUUCGUCAAUGACAGUGCCGAUGCCGAACUUAGAAGUGCUACGCCAGGUUGCGCUACAGAUGAAUCCAUCCAAUGUAUAUCUGAGACGAUCUUUUCUGAGAUUAAUGAUCCAAAUGGGAGAUAA